AUGAUGAUUGAUGAUGCCAUUCGCGGCGCGGCCGGUUCGGAAAACAACAUUUACGGUCGUACCCUGAACCCUCGCAACACCAAUGUACCUGCCGGCGGAUCCAGCGGCGGAGAAGGGCCCCUCAUUGCCUUUCGAGGGUCCAUCCUAGGUGUGGGCACCGAUGUCGCCAGAUCCGUCCGCAUACCCGCCCUGUGCAACGGCAUCUACGGGUUCAAGCCUAACCAGUGGGCGAAUUCCUUUCGGUGGCCAGUUAUCAGGCGUCAUGGAGGGUGUCCCUCGUGUCCAACCAUCUCUGCUGGUCCAAUGGCUAACAAGCUCGACGACAUAUCCCCCCUCUUCAUGUCGACUGUGCUUGGAGCGGGAGCGGGACCCCGUCGAUACGACGCCACUGCCCAUGCUAUGCCGUGGCGAGAGGAGGGCGGUAGACAACGCGUUGCGCCUUCUGCGGCAAGCACGCCAGGCCAUGAGAUUGUUCGUUUGACAAACGACGAGAAUCGGCGUCUUUCCUACGGGAACCGCUUGGCCUUUCAGUACUUUGUCUACGGCCCUCGCAAGGAUUCCAUCUCGCCUGGUUGGGAACCACGUCAUCAGGUCUCGGUAGCCGAAGCCUCCAGUCCCAUGUUCACCGGCCCGUUGUCCGUGUCGCAGGGGCUGGACCUUUAUGACGAGACGAAACAGUUGGAAGCUUGCUCGGGCCAGGUACAAGGACGCGUGGCGUCGAGCCUGGGUUGA